GCCUCCGGCAGAUGCCGAACCGAGCCGAAGCCAACCCGAGAGCGACGUCACCAUAUCUCGUUCUUUCGUUUUUUCGCCUGCUGCGUGCGAAGGAGAGAGAGGGAAAAAACGGCUCUCAGCAAAAGCAACAAGAAGGAAGAGCAAUGGCGACACUGGAUCGCCAAAUACCAAGUGUGGAUACCUUCCUUUGCGAGCCUUGGUCUUCCUUCGUCAGUGCCACUAAAUUACGUUUUGUUGACAACGCAGCAGACUCGCCUUUGGAUAACAGCGACGAAGAGCUUUACUGCCCCGGUGAAGCUGCGAAGCUCGGCAAGGAAGGGAUGCUCGUCUACAGCCAGUUUUCUGCACUGGAGGAUUUUUGUCUUGUUGUCUGCCAUGUCUGCAAUCAGGUGGUCACUCCUCAGGGCAUCCUCACACACUAUGGUAGCUGGGGUGUAGUUUCCCUGUGAGCCAGUCAGAGAGAGACAUACAGUCCCGGACCACAUCCCCCCUCAUUCCCUCCCCACCCUUCUCCCACAAAGACAUGCAUAGCAAAAACCAAAAGCGCCACGUGUCCCCUGUCUCCUCCCGGAGUGCCCUGGUCCCUAUGAAGCCCAAAGCGCCUGCUGUGGCCCCUGCUGUGGCUCCCAGUCCUGGGGACACGCUGGCCUUCAGGGUCCCUAAAGAUUACCCUCACUCCCGCUUCAGCAAGGCUCCACUUGCUGUCUACCCACCAAAGGGAUCUCGGAUCAAGACAUGUGUUUCCCUUCCAGUGGUAAGCCUGGAGAAGAUGCCGUGCCUCAACCGAGCCAACUCGGCGUCCCAUGUGCGCCUCACCUCCUCUUCCACCCCCUCUCCAUCCUCUAACAACCCCUCAUCCCUCGCACCCCCAUCCGCACAACGGUCCACAGAGAAGCUUGUGAACGGUCGCGGCACCAGCGGACCAUCCACGCCACGCUCGACCACGUCGCCAUCUUCUCUGGACAGGCGGCCCAGUCCUGCGCGCUCUCCCCUCGACAAGCGGCCGCCGUCUACGCCCUCUUCUUCCCCUCUGGACAGAAAACCCUCCCCAUCCCCUUCCCCUGCACACCGAUCCGGCGCCCUGCCGUCACCAUCGUUGUCACCAUUGGAGAAGAAGCCGCAAAAUGGGACUAAAGCGUCCUCCAAGUCUCAUAGAAGACUCUCAGGGAGAGUGUUUGAUCCAAACAAGCACUGUGGAGUCCAGGAUCCUGAGACCAAACGACCUUGCACGAGGUCUCUCACCUGCAAGACUCACUCCUUAACUCACCGGCGAGCCGUUCCUGGCCGAAGGAAAACUUUCGACAUCCUACUGGCCGAACACAAGGGGCGAGCGAAGGAGAAGGAUGUAGUGAAGGAGAGGGAAAAAGACAAGGAUGCAUCGCAGGGAGGAAAGGAAGGCAGCAGCCAGAGUGUUCUGUCACAGGAGACAGUGUCUCCCAUCAAGCCUCACUGCCCUAAUGGACGACCCUUGUCCACGCUGAAGCUUCGACUGGCUAACGCACACAUACCAAGGGUUCCCGGCGCCACCAUCUCCACCUCCAGUCCUCUGCCCACAGCAUCAGCCCCCGCCCAGGUCGCGAACCCAGAGCCGUCAGCCCACAGUUGGGUAACGGCAGCGGGAGACGGCAGUCGACUUUCUAGCGACGAGGGAGACACAGAGACUCCGGAGGACUCUGAAAGGCCAGCUUAUCACUACUCCAAUCACCACCCACAGCCUUUAGGGUGUUGCGUAUUCAGCAGCAGACUCAUGGGACGGGGCCACUACGUGUUCGACAGGCGAUGGGACAGGAUGAGGCUGGCGCUGCAGAACACGGUGGAGAAACACCUUAAUGCACAGAUGUGGAGGAAGGUGCCUCUGGCUACUGACAGCCUCCUUUCCCUCUCCUCCUCUGGUUCCUCCCCCAUCACUUCACAGCGGACUCCGUCUCCCAACUCCGUCACUUCUCCUCUCCUCUCCUCCCCCUCCAACUGCCUCUCCUACACCGCCUCAUUUCCUCAGUCUGCAUCCGCGGCCGGAGUGUUCAGCAUUCGAGAUGCAGCGCAGCCUGUCGCCCCAGUUUCUGCGCUGGGUAAAGCGCGAAACAGCGCACACAAAGCCAGCCGCCCAUCCAAAGGCAUGGAGGACUCUGUGGUGGGGUUCAAGAAGAGAAAAAACUCUUCCUACUGCUCCUCCUCCUCCUCCUCCUCCUCCUUUUCUUCUUCUUCCUUGUUGACUGUGGAUAAUCACAAGAGGAACGGCAGCAGCUAUCAUCCGACGUUGCAAGGUGCAGGAGGAACAGCAGCAACCACAGUAAGGAAAAAGGGACUAGAGCGUGGGGGAAGCGGGCUUUGGAGCAGCGGAGACGAUUGGCUAUCGAAAGCUGAGGGGUCUCAAAGCAUCAACUCACAGAACAGUCAAGAACUUGGCACGACCAGUAUACCCUACUCACCCAACAGAGAGCCGUCCUGCACCCCCCAUCAGCCCCUGACUCCCCCCUCCGGACCCUUGGCGUAUGUAGGAGGAGCAGAGGGGAGGAAGAGGAAAAGUCCCAGCUCAUACAAGGGGAAGGCCAGCAAGCUGAACAGGCCGGGAGGGUUGGAGAGCCUCUUUGGGAAUGGGAGUGAGAGAGGAGGAAUACUGGCUUCGGGACCUGAGUCACCCAGACAGGCCAAGAUGCAUCACUGACACAAACCUGUUUCAUGGACUGAAUGUUGGGCAGCUGUGCAGGCCACCACCGUUUGUGACCUUUGACCUCACCACUCUUCCACUGACGGCACCAAUCAGACUGCUUCAUCUUGGCGAUGUCACCCCCUGCUUACCCAAUGACAGCGCAGUUCACCCGCUGUGACAUCAGGGCUCUCUUUGCCAACAGUCAGCCGGCAGUCACUUUCACUCUUCACCUCUUGCGUUUUACAGGCCUCGCUGUAAAAUGUUCCUUUUUAUAACGAGACAGUGGAGCCCAAAAAAACUUGACGCCUGGGAAGGGAAAUUGCUUCACAAAGUCUUCAAGACGUAUAAACAACUCCAUCACUGUAUACAUUCUGGGGAGACAUACAUUUAAAACAAUUGGAAUUUGAUUUUCUGCUCGUUCUGACUGUUUUCUUCUGUCCGCUAACAAGAAAAGUGAUUGUUUUUGGGAGAUAGAUGGUUGAAGAACCUACUGACACAAUAACUGUAGGACUCCUACUUGCCUUCAGCUAUACCACCUUAACCCCCUCCUCCCUUCUUUUUCUAUCCUUCUCUCAAUUUGAGCUUCUCCUCUUCCCUAAAUAUGAAAUCGCAGCAGCUUUGGUUGGGUUUUAUCCAGCUCUCUCCUCUUAUUAUCCGAAUCCUUCUGUACAACUCUACAUUUCUCUAAUUUCUUUUUUUUUUUUUUUGUCCUUUCUCCCCGUUCCUCCCAGCAUGCCUGUGUUCAAAGUGCACUUACUGCCCCCCCCCUCCCCCUUUUGCGUCCCUCCUCACUGACUCCACAGCAGUCUCCAGCAGUGCCACACGAGGACACGCUCACACAAGGGAAGAAAACAAAAAAGAAACACUGUUAGUGUUACCAACAACGCCGUGUCAAUGCAUUGUAUUUCAGUAUAGGAAGGAAUCAGCUUUUAUUUUCAUUUUUUAGAAGAUUGUUUGAAAUGUUGCAAGAAACACAAACUCCUGUCUGUGUGUCAGGACUUGCAUCCAACAAGGAAUUACUUCUUCCGUGUUGGAUCUCUUUUUUUUUUUGUAUUCUAAUUUAUCGUUCUUAAAUAAUGUUUGUUUUUGAACUGACCAUCGAGGUUGAGAGACUUUUUGUUGGCAAAAAAGAAAAGAAAACUUCUGUGCAUUUUGAAGAAAUGUUGAAAGUAUUAUGGUAGUUCAUAUUGUUGAAAAUGUGUACAUAUCUGUUAUUAUUUUUGUAUUUAUUAAUAAUUGUCCCCUUUUUACUUUUUACGAGCUAAAGGGGGGAGGAGUGUUUUUGCCUUCCUACCUUGAUCUGUGUUCGAUAAUGUCGAAGCAAUCUCGCCUGGUUUCUCAAAAAAAAAAAAAAUCCGAGAUUGAGUUUAUUGGAAUCGUAAAGAAUGAGUUCACUCAAAAGUAUUUGAUUGAAUAAUACAACAAAGCCAAAAAUAAGCUUCGACAGCAGCUGCUGUGUAUGUCAUUCCCAUUUCAAAAACAACCUGUGGUCAAUUUGAGAAGCAGACUUUAUCAGACCUUUCCUUUCAAUUGUUUCCACAGAAACCCAGCUAAUUAUGUCUCAUGACAAACACAAUAUCUCAGUUAAGACUUUAUUAUGGAGCUUUCUGGGAUCACACACGCUGUGUCCUAAAUCAAGCAGCAGUCAAGAACACAAUGAAUCAACAGCUUUAUGCGAAAAAGGAAAUCUACCAAUUAUAUGCAUUUAUUUUAUUUGAUCUUUUGGAAUCCAUCUAUAAAACUUUCUUACAGAUAUGACUUUUUAAACAUUCAUUCUUAAAAAGUAUACUGCCUUUUUUUAAUCUACUGGAUAUUGUUUCCCCCCCCAGUUUGUGUGCAUGCUCUGAGUAUGUGGUGUAUUCAAAUGGUUUUAUUUUAAAGUUUUGGACAGAGCUGUAUCUUAUUACCCCCCUUGUCCAGAUUCUCCCCUGCCUUUCAAAUUGCAUCUUUCUUUUUCUUUUUUACGACGGCACGUUCUGCAGUUGCCCUUGCAAAAUCCAUACUUUGCAUACAGUAUGCAAACAGUUGGGACGUCUAACAUGGUCAUAACACAACUUUGAUCUGUAAUUGGAUGCAGUAUGAAGCUUACAUUUUGUAUCAUUUUUAAUUUAAAACAAAAAAAAAAAAAGUGGAGGGAAACAAAGCCAUUUGCUGAACUAGCAAGAGAAACACAGGUCAGAUAGAAGUGUGUUACAAUAGCCAAAAGAAAAACAUGCAACUGUAUGUAGUAGGACAUUUGAGUCAUUUUUGUAUACUGCCUUUGAAAAACAAGUAUUUUGGCUUAUUCAACCAAAUCACACUAAAUGAUAUGGACGUAUGGGCCUUUCAAUGAUCGAACGUAACAGAUGUUGAUCCAAAUUGUCAGUUUCCAGUCAUCCUUCUACACCAGUAUUUCUUAACAUUUCUGAUAUUUCUCUUCCCCCCACUGAGUUCUUUGUUGUUUGCUAAUGAACAAUUCUGAAGAUUUUUGUGAAACCAUGCCCCGGGUUAGUAUUUUCUCUUAAAGGGCCUCCACAUUCCUGUUUGCCUGUGGUUCUUCCCUUUCUCAUACUUCUUCCGAUGUUCAAAAACUACAGCUCUAUUUUUCAACUUUUUAAAUCUUCCAGGGCCGAUUAGGUCUGUCCUUUGCUGUGUUUCAAGUCAAAGCCAGGUGAAAAUGCCUUCACUUGCUUCUCAUUGGCAAACACGACGAGUGGCGCUGCAGAACAGCCACUCCUGUAACCUGAAAUCUACUUCAAUAUGAUCUACAAGAGUUAGAAAUGAGUUCUAAUCGAAGAGAAAACUGCUGAGUGUGAAAGUAAAACUCAAGAUCACAACUUUACCUGCGGAUGACAUUGUACCCAGUACAGGAAAUGUUUAAAUUCAAGAAGUCCGAGAGGAUUUCCUUUCUUAAAAGUCAAGUGAGCCCAUCAUAUGUCAGAAACAAAUAGUCAAAAGUAGCCUAUUCAUGCAGUGUGGCUGAUGAAGUUAAAGUAAGUGAACACAUUUUUAUUUGCUUGAUGACAGCAUCAGCGAUGUUCCGACCUGCUACAAUUCUUUCAAAGUGCUUUAUGGAAACUGUUUUUCAUUUUUAUUUUGUUGUAUUGAUCUAAAGCAUCUUGGCACUAACGAUGAAUGAAUUGUACAUAACGCAAUGUUUUUGUGCUUCCCAUGGUGACAUUUGAUUCAUCAGAUUGUCGGCCAGCUCUUGGAUCAGUUCAGUGAUAACGGCUCAGUGGUCUUUUUGUCACUAUAGAUAACAGCAUGGUUUGUCAGUUGACUGGUGAACAUGCCUACAGUUACAUGAUAAACAUGCCCCCCCCCCCCCCUACAGCUUUCUCUUGUUUUACACAACCUACCAACAAAUGUACAAGUAUGGAGAUGUUUCUAAGGAUGGUUAAGAUGUGGAGUUAUGCUCAAUAACUUCACAUCUGUUUACAGAUCAAAGAAAAAAAAAACAAUGUUUUUUGGGAAAUACCACGCAGACUUGUUCACAGUCUUGGAAACAGAAGGUUAAAGUCUUUUUGCAGCUAAACAAAAUUACAAUGAUGAAGCUCAUGGAUGUUCGAUUUGAGAGCACUUUGUACAGUUAAUGAUUUGUUGUUGACAUUUUUUUUUGGAGGUAUUAACAUUUUUUUUGUUGUAAAAAUUCCUCCGCUUCCUUUUUUUUUCUUUUUUUUUUUUUUCUUUGUUGCACUUUGUCAUAAUGCCCCCAGAUCUUUAAUCAACUUCUAUUUAUAUAAAUAUUUGAAGAAGAAAAAAAACAGCUUAUCUAUAUAUUUGUAAAAAAAAAAAGUGUUUUCUUGCAGCUACAGGUGAAGUAGAUGAGGAGUUUAUGCUUUGAAAAGCGCCGAAACCAGCGUGCUGUUUUUUUUUUCUUUUUGUUUGUUUGUUGUAUCUGAUCCAGACUGAAGUGAAAGGUGAUCGUCUGAAAAGUUGCCUUGUAAGAGUGAAUUCAGUCUCACUGCAGUAAGGAUCAGAAGAAAAGAUUUUCCCCCGAACAACUGAACACUUGCUGUAAAAAGAAAAUGGUCUUAUAUUCAAGCUUUUAUUAAAUGAUUGAAAGUG